GCAGUGUGUGGUGCGAACUAAUACACACGAGUUCGCGGUCAUAGGCUCGAACGAACAUCGAAUUCGACGGUCAGUGCGGUGACCAUGAUGAUGGAUAACGGGGUGAUGACAAAUAACUAUGACGGGGGGUACGCGGAUGGGUAUAUGGAGCAGGAGGAGGAGUGGGAGCGUGAGGGUCUUCUAGACCCGGCAUGGGAGAAGCAACAGAAAAAGACAUUCACAGCAUGGUGCAACAGCCACUUGAGAAAAGCCGGCACCGGAAUUGAAAACAUCGAUGAAGAUUUCAGAAAUGGAUUGAAGCUGAUGUUAUUGCUGGAGGUCAUCUCCGGAGAAACUCUGCCCAAACCUGAUCGUGGCAAGAUGCGCUUCCACAAGAUCGCAAAUGUCAACAAAGCCUUGGACUUCAUCGCAUCUAAAGGUGUAAAAUUAGUAUCGAUCGGCGCCGAAGAAAUUGUUGACGGUAACCUCAAGAUGACCCUGGGUAUGAUCUGGACCAUCAUUCUCAGGUUCGCCAUCCAAGACAUCUCCGUGGAAGAAAUGACCGCAAAGGAAGGUCUACUUCUUUGGUGUCAACGCAAGACGGCACCUUACAAGAACGUCAACGUUCAGAACUUCCACUUGUCAUUCAAGGACGGUCUGGCAUUCUGUGCCCUUAUCCACAGGCACAGGCCCGACCUGAUCGACUACAGCAAACUGUCCAAGGACAAUCCACUAGAAAACUUGAACACAGCAUUCGAUGUGGCCGAGAAGUAUCUCGACAUCCCCCGCAUGUUGGACCCCGACGACCUCAUAAACACGCCAAAGCCGGACGAACGUGCCAUUAUGACCUAUGUGUCAUGUUACUACCACGCGUUCCAAGGCGCACAACAGGCUGAAACGGCCGCGAACCGUAUCUGCAAAGUUCUCAAAGUCAACCAGGAGAAUGAACGCCUCAUGGAAGAGUACGAGCGUCUCGCCAGCGACCUUUUGGAAUGGAUCCGGCGAACCAUGCCUUGGCUGAACAGCCGCCAAACCGACAACUCACUUUCCGGGUGCCAGAAAAAGCUGGAAGACUAUCGCACUUACAGGCGUAAGCACAAACCACCACGUGUAGAACAGAAAGCCAAGCUAGAAACCAACUUCAACACUCUGCAGACCAAACUACGUCUGAGUAACCGACCUGCUUAUAUGCCCACUGAAGGCAAGAUGGUCUCUGAUAUUGCUCAGGCCUGGAAGGGUCUGGAGAUCGCUGAGAAAGCGUUCGAAGAAUGGCUACUUAGCGAGAUGAUGAGACUCGAACGCUUGGAGUACCUCGCGCAGAAGUUCAAACACAAGGCUGACAUCCAUGAGGACUGGACUAGAGGCAAGGAGGAGAUGCUGCAAUCGCAAGACUACCGUCAAUGCAAGCUGUACGACAUCAAAGCGCUAAAGAAGAAGCACGAGGCGUUCGAGUCCGACCUCGCCGCGCACCAAGACCGUGUCGAACAAAUCGCCGCCAUCGCUCAAGAGCUUAACACGCUGGAGUACCACGAGGUGGGCGCGGUGAACGCGCGCUGCCAGCGCAUCUGCGCGCAGUGGGACCGGCUGGGCGCGCUCACGCAGCGCCGCCGCCUGGCGCUGGACGACGCCGAGCGCGUGCUCGAGCAGAUCGACCUGCUGCACCUCGAGUUCGCCAAGCGCGCCGCGCCCUUCAACAACUGGUUGGACGGAACUCGCGAAGACCUCGUGGACAUGUUUAUCGUACACACCAUUGAAGAAAUCUCCGGCCUCAUGGACGCACACGCUCGCUUCAAGGCGACUCUCGGUGAAGCCGACAAGGAGUAUCAGGCGAUUGUAAACCUUGUGCACCAGGUAGAAUCUAUCGUGAAGCAACACCAGAUACCUGGAGGAUUAGAGAAUCCCUACACUACACUCACCGCACACGAGCUGAUGGGCAAGUGGUCGGAGGUGCGGCAGCUGGUGCCGCAGCGCGACGGCACGCUGGCGGCCGAGCUGCGCAAGCAGCAGAACAACGAGACGCUGCGCCGUCAGUUCGCCGAGAAGGCCAACGCCGUGGGGCCCUGGAUCGAGCGCCAGAUGGACGCCGUCACCGCCAUCGGCAUGGGCCUGCAGGGCUCGUUGGAAGAUCAGCUCCGAAGACUAAAGGAGUACGAAGCUGGCGUGUACGCGUACAAGCCGCACAUCGAAGAACUGGAACGCAUCCACCAGGCCGUGCAGGAGGGCAUGAUCUUCGAGAACAGAUAUUCGCAAUACACAAUGGAGACACUCCGCGUCGGCUGGGAACAACUGCUUACGUCCAUCAACCGAACCAUCAACGAAGUCGAGAACCAGAUUUUAACUCGCGACUCCAAGGGCAUCACACACGAACAGCUCAACGAAUUCCGCGCCUCGUUCAACCACUUCGACAAGAACCGCACCGGCCGCCUCGCUCCGGAAGAGCUAAAGUCGUGCCUCGUGUCUCUUGGCUACAGUAUCGGAAAGGACAGGCAAGGAGAACUCGACUUCCAGCGUAUACUCGCUGUUGUAGACCCCAACAACACAGGAUACGUCUCAUUCGACGCAUUCUUGGACUUCAUGACGAGGGAAUCCACAGAUACAGACACCGCUGAACAGGUCAUUGACAGCUUCAGGAUCUUAGCUGGUGACAAGCCGUACAUCACGGCGGAGGAACUGCGGCGCGAGCUGCCGCCCGACCAGGCGGAGUACUGCGUGGCGCGCAUGCCGCCCUACCGCGGGCCCGGCGCGCCGCCGCACGCGCUCGACUACAUGGCCUUCUCCACCGCGCUCUACGGCGAGACCGACCUCUAGGUCUUAACAUCAAAAGUCAUCUCUACCUGGAAGGUUAUGGAGUACAUUACAGGAACUUGCUCGGAGUCCAGUUGCCGCACUCAUCACUACUAACAACCUUGACCCAAGAUAAUGCGGUAUCGGCGUAACAACACAUAAAUUAUUUCCCUUAUGUUGACAAAAAUCUGACAACUCGCCCUAAUCAAUUGUUAACAUAAAGCAAACAAUUUUUGUGAUAUCAUUAGUCUAAAACAGUUCUGUAUCAAAUAUGUGCAAUGUUAAAACCAAAAAUGCCAUUAACUUUCUUAUCAAGAAAAAUCUCUUCUCCUUUGUGUAAUGGUUUGGCUCAAAUAAGAGAAAUCAUCUAUGUCUAAAACAUACUAUUUAUAUUAGAAUUAGGUAUUUUUAUCUUUUGUAUGAAAUUGUCAGGAAAGUCACAAAACAUUUAUUUGUAAGUAAAACUUGGUGCUAAUGUUAGGCUUCACUAAUGUGUAACACCAAAAUAAGACUCAUUGAAAAUGUGAGGGUGUUUUUGUUAUAUCCAUAUUAUAUAUUUUUUAUUUUUAAGCAUACAUUAUUUAUAAAAGUUCAAAUUUUAAUUACUGCCAUUAGUAAUUAUUGUGGUAGGUAAAAAGGUAUUAUUUUUUGAGUUGCCAAAAUUAAUAAAUGUUGCAGGGAAGUGUCACACAAAUUAUUUAUAUUAUAGAUUGCCAUACCUUGCCUGCAUCUAUUUAUUUAUCACUCGACUAUUAUUUUUAUAUAUAUAUCGUUUGUGAGAGUAUUUUAGAAUGAGUACUCAAAAUAAAUGAUCUGCCAUAUUUUUGUCUUUUAAUAUUGACUGUGUUGUUAAAACCUAUAAUUUAUAUGAGGAAACAGUGGAUGUAGAUUAAGAAUGAAUUAUGUGCCCAAAAAGUAUACUAACUCGAAUGUACAGCUAAUUUAAUAAAGAGCUCUUAAACAUCAGAUAAUUUUAUUUAUUUCCUUUACUCAAAUUUGUAACAUCUAAUAAAGAUUAACCAAAACUAACAAACCUAAAAGUAUUCAUUAAAAUUAUCAUUAAUUCUACAACAAUUUCACAAUCAUAAAAUUCUAGUUUCAAACUAGAGUUCUUGUUCAACUUAUAGUAACUAGAUAACAAAGAUCUUAUGUUAUUUUAAUGCAUAGAAAAAUACUACAAAUAAAUAAAACUUGGUAAUUUUUACAAUUUCUUACUCAUAUUGAUUGGUAAUAAUUAAGUAAAUAAAGCAAUAUGAAAACAGAAGGACUGAUUAAACUAUUUACCAUGUUUUAUUUAUAAAUUUAUUUAUGCAAAUAUUGAGAGUUAAAUAUAUUGUCAUCAACAUAAUAAUAAGUCAUAGUACAUACAUAUAUAGUCAAUAAAUAAGAUUUUUGGAACUGUUACUUUUUCUCCAUUUCUUUCUUUGUUUCUUCAGCCGUUAACAAGGCACUUUUGAUUCCAACUUUUUUAAGUUCCUCUACUAAUUCACCUGACUGAUGCAUUUGAAGCAUGAUAUCACAUCCUCCCACAAACUCACCAUUUAUGAACACUUGAGGUAUUGUUGGCCAAUUUGAGUAGUCUUUAAUACCUAUAAACAAAUUCAAAACUAAAAAUUCAUGACCUUUAUAUAAAAAGUGAGAAUGGAUGGGAUUUGGUCUGUCCUCACUAUCAAUUUCCAAUUAUUAAUUAUUUGUAAAUUCAAUUAUAUUUGUUUAAAAAGACAACUCUGAAUUGAUUUUAAUGAAAACUGAAAAUAUUAAUAAUGUUUAGAGAUUAUAUUAUCAUUUUUAGGGUUCCGUACCCAAAGAGUAACCAACUGGACCCUAUUACUAAGCCUAUGCUGUCUGCCCAGUAGGCUGUAUCUCAUGAUACGUAAUAAGUACACUAUUGAAAUUUUCACAGAUUGCGUAUUUCUGUUGCAGCUAUAACAACAAAUAAUAAAAAUAAAAUUAAGUUAAAAAUUUAAGGGGGCUCCCCUACUAGAAACGUGUUUUACGAUGGUAUGGAACCAUUCACGUGGCAGAAUUGCUGUCGCACGGAUGGGCCGGCUCGAACCGGGGUGGUACCACGACCUCACAGAAUACCAGCAUGAAGUAGAGGUUUACCUCUGCAGUUCGCUUGGUGAGUGCAGGUGGCCGGAGGCCCUUUUUACUGGAAAUGAGGCAUUCCAUCUUAGUCCUCACGGGUGACAACACAUCUGCAUUUUGAUACGCAAAUGAGGAUAAAUGUAGAUGUCUAUGGGCCGCAGCAACCACUUACCAUCAGGUGGACUAUGUGCUAGUUUGUCACCCUUAUCCUAUAAAAAAAAAUUCAUGCACAAGUUUGACUUGCACUUUGCCGGUUUUUUCAUAAGAUUGUGAAAGGAAAAGAAAAUUUAACAUUAAUGAAAAGUUAACAUUACUUGAAAAAAUAUGUUAUAGAAAUAACUUUUAUAAAAGAGUUAUAGUACAAUAUACCAAUGAAAAAAAUUUAAAAGAAAUGCAUAAUUUAAUUAACACAUUCUAUGCCAGUAACCCGCCUCACGAGUCUCUAAAUUAUUACAUUAUCUUAUAAGAUAAGUGAUACUUUGUUUUAAAACUUCACCAGUGGUAUUUUAGCACCAUAAACUAAAAAUAUUUGAGGUGGAAUGAAAUUAACGAGAUUACACAAUUUGUUAAAAAAACUUUAAUUCUUAUACAAUGCCAAGAAUGCACUAGGUGGGUUCAUUCAUUAAAUAUACUCAGGGGUCAUCAACAGCUUGCUCAGAAGUUUUCUGAAACAUUUCCUGUUCCCUGAUUCCCUCUUAACUUCCUAACUUAUUCUAAUUUGACAAAUGUGGUAUCAUAUGAAGCAUCUUAAUAUUGUUCGCUGGUUAUAUGCCUUUAUGAUGUUACCUAAUGUCAAAUUGUAUAAUAUGGCGCCUUCUAGAGAGUGUUUUUAUGAACUAAAAAAUAGAUGUUUAACUGCCAAAUAUGGUAUCAAUUGAGUUUAUUUAGCAUGUUCCAAAAAAAAAAUAUAUAUAUAUAUAUAUAACUAGCUGUCAGUGGUGCAGAUAUGCAAGUAAACUUAUUUUAUCUCCAAACCUGACCAAAAUAUACUUUAUAAAGAAAUUAUAAUCCCAAAAUAUUGAAAGUAAAAAGUGACUUUGAAAACUAAAAUAGAAUACUGAAGAUCCCUCUCUUAAAAGUAAGAAACAUAAUAAUUUCUUAUAUGAUUACAAAAGGUUAGGGAUUUCUGAUUAAAUUACGUUGUUACC